UUCUUAUUGUUUCUACAGAGGAAAUCGAAAAUCUCCGCCUCUCGCAAGCUCAUGCUAAAGAGCUUGAUGGUGGCCAAGGCCAAAGAGGAGCUGGAGCAGGAGAUGCUGGAGAAAGAGGAGCAGAAGUCCAAGUAUUUGGAUGAAAAAGCUCCUCCGUUACAGAUCAACUCCAUGAACUUAGAGGAGCUUCAGCAUCUAUGUGAAGAACUACACUCUAAAAUUGACGUGGUGGAUGAAGAGCGCUACGAUAUAGAAGCCAAAGUGAUGCACAACACCAGAGAGAUUAAAGACCUGAACAUCAAGGUGUUAGACUUACGAGGCAAGUUUAAAAGACCGAGCCUUCGAAGGGUUAGGGUCUCUGCCGACGCCAUCCUACGCUCGCUGCUGGGCUCCAAACACAAAGUGUCUUUGGACCUGCGAGCCAACCUCAAGUCCGUCAAGAAGGAAGACACGGAGAAGGAGAAGACUGUGGAAGUGAGCGAUUGGAGGAAGAACGUGGAGGCCAUGUCAGGAAUGGAGGGCCGAAAGAAGAUGUUUGACGCAGCCAAAGGCCCCGCCCAGUAGCGGACCAUGUGGUAGAAUAGACGUUCUAGUAUCUAGUGAUGCACUAGACACAGAGUGAGCAUUUUGAUCCACUCCAAGAGGUGUUUGUCUUCUUUACCACAAUAAACACAACACAAACUUUCUGUGUGUGAUGACGACAAAAAUGUUAUGUACCAAAGAUCUGAAAUACAGAUUGUCCUUGGGUUAUAUGUACAGGUUUCUUUCUCAGACUGUGAUGUAAGUGGAGUCUUCCUGUAUGUGGGAACUUAUACCUGCAUUAACCCUCUAGUCACUCAUACUGUAUACACAGAAUACAAUAAAAAGAUUAUACAGUCGUC